GCUGAUUUCGAGUUUUUUUUUUUUUUUUUCAACUCCCCCUCUCUUCUUCUUGUGUUCGGGACUGCGCCUUCCUUGGUAUCACAUGGCGUUGAGGCGUACAACAACGGAAGCAGGGCUCGACGAAGACGAAGCAGCUACUCGCAAGGCGGUUGCUCUCGAUCAAAGUUUCAGCGAGCGGUUGAAAGCAUUGGCCGCAUGUCUUGGCGUCUUGGACAAUGUCGAUUUGACCUCGAUUUCUUCCAUUUCCGACAAACCUGCCCAGCGCGCUGCCCUCCAGCAGAUCUUGCAACGUUGUCAAGCCAGCGCAGAAGUCGUGGUCACUGAGAGUCAGAAAGCUGAUGCCGCAGCUGCACUCCAGGAGCUGGGAGUGCCCAACCAAAAUGAGGAGUUGGUCGAGUACAACAGAGUCGGAGCCAGAUUGCUCAAAGCGCUCAACGCAGAGCUUGACGACAGGGUUCGUUUUGACCAAGCACUACGAGAGGCCGAGCGACGGGAACAAGCGGCCGAGCGACGGCAACGAGAGGCCGAGCGACAGCGACAAGAGGCCGAGCGGCAGCGACAAGAGGCCGAGCGACAGCGACAAGAAGUCGAGCGACAGCUUCAAGAAGCCGAGCGACAGCUACAAGAAGCCAAGAGACGGCGACAAGCGGCCGAGCAACUGA